CGGCGGGGGAGUGGGCGGGGUGCGGGGCUGCGCCCUCUUGGGUGCUCCCUCAGCUCUGGCGGAGCUAUGGGGGACGUGAAGAACUUCUUGUAUGCCUGGUGCGGGAAAAGGAGGGUAAUGCCGUCCUACGAGAUCCGCGCCGGGGGUGGAAGGAGCCGGCAGACUUUCCUUUGCGAGGUACGAGUGGAAGGCUUCAACUAUGUUGGCAUGGGGAAUUCCACCAACAAGAAAGAUGCACAGAGCAAUGCUGCUCGAGACUUUAUCAAUUACUUGGUUCGGGUGAAUGAAAUGAAGAAAGAGGAAAUCCCUGCUUUUGGACUAGCAGUGUGUGAUAACCCUGAUGGACGUGAAGCAGCUAGAGAUGUAACUGGUUCCAAUCCUACUUUUGGUGGACCUCUUCCUCCACAUUUGCUUAUAGAGGCUGAAAUAGGCAAUGGCCCAAGUGCAGCACCUGGCAACUGUGGUGAAGCUCAGUGCAAUCAGGGUGCAAAUUUGAGAGGUUUCUGUUCAAAGAGUGAGGAGCAAGAAGUGCAGGCAACCUCUGAUUCAGAAGUGGACCUGAAUUCUGAUCUUCAUGGAGGCUGGACCUUGGAAAAUGCCAAGGCACGUCUGAACCAGUUUUUCCAAAAGGAGAAGAUUCAGGAAGACUAUAAAUACACUGAAAUGGGGCCUGAUCACAACAGGAGCUUUAUUGCAGAAAUGAACAUUUAUGUGAAGCAGCUGGGCAGAAGGAUUUUCAGUCGUGAGCAUGGAUCAAACAAGAAGCUGGCAGCUCAGUCCUGUGCCCUUUCCUUGGUCAGACAGCUCUACCAUCUUGGUGUCAUAGAACCUUACUCUGGACAGACAAAGAAAAAAGGAGAGUUGGUGGAACCCCAUGAGGUGUUGCUGUCUUCUGACCUGGAAAAUCAGCUGCAAAAGGUCAUACAGGAACUGUCUCUGGAGGUUGUGCCUGCGCCUGAAAAUCCCAGUAAUCCAGUUCUGAUUAGUGUUGGAAAGUUGGCUCAUUUUGAACCAUCGCAGAGACAAAGUCACACAGAAGUCAUUCCAUGGUCACCACCUCAUUCCAACUGGAACCCUUGGACCAGCUGCAAUAUUGAUGAGGGUCCUCUGGCAAAUCUCACACCAGAACAAAUCAGCAUGGAUCUAAAAAGUGAUUUCUUGUACCGUUUGGAGCAGGACCAGGAAUUACAAAGGAUUCAACAAGAGAGGGAGGCUUUACCUGUGAAGAAUUUUGAAAGUGAAAUUCUGGAUGCCAUCCGUGACAAUUCCAUUGUCAUAAUCCGUGGUGCCACUGGUUGUGGCAAAACCACACAAGUGCCACAGUACAUCCUGGAUGAGUACAUCAAAACCAACAGAGCUGCAGAGUGCAACAUAGUAGUGACACAGCCUCGGAGGAUCAGUGCAGUCUCUGUAGCAGAACGUGUGUCAUAUGAGAGAGGAGAAGAACCUGGGCAGAGCUGUGGCUACAGUGUGAGGUUUGAGUCUGUGCUUCCUCGGCCCCACGCCAGCAUCAUGUUCUGCACUGUAGGUGUUUUUCUGAGGAAGGUGGAGGCUGGGAUCCGUGGCAUUAGUCAUGUUAUUGUUGAUGAAAUUCAUGAGAGAGACAUUAAUACUGACUUUCUCUUGGUGGUGCUGAAAGAUGUAGUUCAGACAUACCCUGAAAUCAGAGUUAUCCUCAUGUCUGCCACCAUUGAUACCAGCAUGUUUUGUGAAUAUUUCAACUGUCCUAUUGUGGAGGUCUUUGGUAGAACCUACCCUGUCCAAGAUUAUUUUCUGGAAGAUUGCAUUCAGAUGACUCAGUUCAUUCCUCCACCCAAAGAAAAGAAGAAGAAAGAGAAGGAUGAAGAUGGUGGUGGUGAAGAUGAUGAUGUCAAUUGCAACCUUAUUUGCAGCGAUGAAUAUGGCCCAGAAACAAAGCACUCCAUGGCUCAGCUGAAUGAGAGAGAAACUUCUUUUGAACUCAUUGAGGCACUGCUAAUUUAUAUCAAGACCCUGAAUGUCUCAGGAGCUGUACUUGUUUUCUUGCCUGGCUGGAACUUGAUAUACACCAUGCAGAAACAUCUAGAAAUGAAUCCACGUUUUGGAGCCCACCAGUAUAGAAUUUUACCUCUGCAUUCACAGAUUCCUCUGGAGGAACAGCGGCGAGUGUUUGAUCCAGUGCCUCCUGGAGUCACAAAAGUUAUUUUAUCUACUAGCAUUGCGGAGACAAGUAUUACCAUCAAUGAUGUGGUCUUUGUUAUAGACUCCUGCAAACAAAAAGUGAAGCUAUUCACUGCUCACAACAACAUGACAACCUAUGCUACAGUCUGGGCAUCCAAAACAAACCUGGAGCAGCGCAAAGGAAGAGCCGGGCGGCUGCGUGCCGGGUUUUGUUUCCGUCUCUGUAGCAGAGCUCGCUUUGAAAGACUUCAGACUCACAUGACACCUGAAAUGUUCCGAACACCUCUCCAUGAAAUUGCUUUGAGCAUCAAAUUGCUGCGGCUGGGAGGAAUUGGUCAGUUUUUGGCCAAAGCAAUAGAACCCCCACCUUUGGAUGCAGUGAUGGAAGCAGAACGCACACUGAGAGAGCUUGAUGCCCUGGAUUCCAAUGAUGAGUUGACACCUCUUGGAAGAAUCCUAGCUAAGCUUCCCAUCGAACCUCGUCUUGGCAAGAUGAUGAUAAUGGGCUGCAUUUUUUAUGUGGGAGAUGCUGUGUGUACCAUCUCUGCAGCCACCUGUUUCCCUGAACCUUUCAUCAAUGAAGGCAAACGCCUGGGUUAUGUCCAUAGGAAUUUUGCUGGGAACAGGUUUUCAGAUCAUGUUGCUUUGCUCUCUGUCUUCCAAGCAUGGGAUGAUGCAAGAAUGGGUGGUGAAGAAGCAGAAAAAAGGUUUUGUGAACACAAAAGACUCAGCAUGUCUACUCUUCGAAUGACUUGGGAAGCAAAAGUCCAGCUGAAAGAGAUCCUUAUUAAUUGUGGCUUCCCUGAAGAAUGUUUGGUGACUCAGCCCUUUAACAACACUGGACCAGAUAAUAAUCUGGAUGUUGUAAUCUCUCUGCUUGCUUUUGGGGUCUACCCCAACGUCUGCUACCACAAAGAGAAGAGGAAAAUUCUUACCACUGAGGGGCACAAUGCACUCAUCCACAAGUCAUCUGUCAACUGCCCUUUCAGCAGCCAGGACAUCAAGUAUCCAUCACCUUUCUUCAUUUUUGGAGAAAAGAUUCGAACCCGAGCCAUCUCUGCCAAAGCCAUGACCUUGGUGAGCCCACUGCAGCUGCUUCUCUUCGCUUCCAAGAAAGUCUUGUCAGAUGGGGAGCUCAUUCUGGUGGAUGACUGGAUCAAGCUGAAGAUGCCCCACAGGGCAGCUGCCUGCAUCACUGCCCUGCGUGCCACGUUGGAGGCUCUUGUUGUGGAAGUGACUAAAGAUCCUCAGAUCAUCAGGCAGCUGGACCCAGCACAUGAGAGAAUGCUGAACAUGAUCCGUCAGCUCUCCAGGCCAUCAGCUGCAGGCAUCAGCCUCAUGGUUGCCAACACAAGGUUUGGUGAUGGCCCUCGCCCCCCCAAAAUGCCUCGUUAUGAAAAUGGAGGUGGCUUCAGAGGCUGGGGGGGUUAUCCACGUGGCUCUGGCUACAGAGGUCGAGGGUAUGGUGGCCACAGCUACUCUGGCCAGUACUCAGGAGGAAGAGGAUACCAAGGUAGCCCAGGGGGAGGCUACAGAGGUAGAGGAGGCUAUCAUCAAGGAGGAGGGUGUGGAGGAGGAGGUGGUGGCUACAGAGGGGAUCUGUGGAGGGGCAGGUGGUAGUUAAUGGGAGCCUUUCCACUUCGACACAAGUGUAUUUCCCUCCUCCCUUUCUUGCUGUUACCAGUCUGUUUGCCACUUCAGUUCCUUAUUGACAACUCUGUAAUAUAUUGUGCCCUUUGGGAGUUUGCUGCGAGCUGUAUGAUUUUAUUCUUAAUAAAGAAUCUGUUUCUAAA